AAUUUCUCGUUAACUGGCCAAUAAGGCAGAAGCUGAUCCAGCUGGUAAAGUUCGUUCACGGUAACGACUUGGUUUGUGUAGCCUAUCUAGUCAAGUAUUUUUUAAGGCUAACUAGCUGACUUGAAUAUUAUUUUUCGGAUUUAAUAAUACAACGUGUCGCGUUUGCAGACCUUUUGUGUUGAUCCCAUUAAUAAGCUACUAAGCAUUGUACUUUUCCCGUCAGACCUCGCGCUACAAUUUCCAUCUAUUCCCUACGCAGAGCUGGCUAGAAGCUAGCUUGCUACUGUUUGUGGGUAGCAAUAGUCAGCAGCAACUUGGAAAUCAACUACUUCCAGCUGUGCCCCUGACCCAUCGCACCAUGGCAGAUCCUGAUCUUGACUUCUCCACUGCCGAAUCCGGCGCCUCCGCCACCUUCCCACUUCAGUGCUCCAGCUUGCGCAAGAACGGCUUCGUUGUGCUGAAGGGACGUCCCUGCAAGAUCGUCGAGAUGUCCACCUCCAAGACCGGCAAGCAUGGACACGCCAAGGUGAAUCUGGUGGGAAUUGACAUCUUCACUAAUAAGAAGUAUGAGGACAUGUGCCCCUCCACCCACAACAUGGAUGUGCCUAACGUCAAGAGGGUUGAGUUAUUGCUGGUCAACAUCACCGAAAAAUACAUGAGCCUCAUGGCCGACAACGGAGACGUGCGGGAGGACCUGCGCAUCCCUGACGGAGAUCUGGGCAAGGAGAUCGAAGCCAAGUUCAAAGAAGGAGAUGAACUCUUGGUUUCCGUGCUGUCUGCCAUGGGGGAAGAGUGUGCCGUGGCAGUCAAAUCCACCCCUGGCAAAUAGGCAGACUCUAUUGGCUGCUCAGGCAACAAGCUCCACCCUCAACCAGUCUCUUGCAUUCUUAUUGGUUCUGUCACCAAAGCGACGGCCUUCACAGACAACCUCAAUCAUUCUGUGUGAUAAUCCCUUGGUUUUGUUUUUGUCUCCAAUGCUGUCAGGACUGACCCACUGCAGCUUGCUGCGUGGCAUUCUGCCGGAUCACUGAGGUUUUGUUUAGUAACAAUCUACUUUAUAAAAAAACUUAAAAUUGA